UCCUAGCUAUAGCUGAACGAAGCCAUGUGAGGAUCUGUAAAAUGGCGGCGCAGUGGCGUGGAAAAGAUGCGCUUAUAAUCACCGGCAACACGGACUUUCUGACCGCAAACACAUUCAAUGAGGCUGUCCUGGGUAAAGGGGAAGUCAGUGAUCUGGAAAUGGACACUCACUCCUGCCUGGACCCUUCCAUCCUGGCUAUGUUUGAAGAUUCCGCCGUAGCUGCAGAGACUAGGAGCAGACUAGAUGAGGAGAGUGAGUCCACGUUGUUGACUGCUCUAACGGAGAUCCUGGACAGUGUUGACGAUGAGACCCUGUCUCCCUUUGACACCCUGCCUGACACUGGGCUCUUCUCUGACCAGAGGCUACGGGACAACUCCCCGUUGAGGCGGCUGCUGAGUUUAACAGGGUCUCCACCUGAAAAAGAAGCACUCUUUCGUUCCAUAAAGACCCCCUCUUCAUCUUCAUCCCCCUCUUCCUCUGUUGGAAAGGUUGAGACAGUCAUUCCAGACAGACCCUGGAGGGCUGGGCUGACUCCGAGAGCCCAGGGCUCUUCCACAUCCACACAGAGGAGCGAUGGAGAGGAGGAGGAGGGCGGCAAGGUCCACAUUCACAGCCCGCCUCACGGCUUCAAUCAGGACUCGGGAGAACUCUCCCUCGACCGAUCACAAGUGAGAGCGCUGAACUCUGUAGAGAAGGACCAUGGCUACUCCUGUACAGUGUCCCUGGUGGACCUGGUGAAACUCAUGCACCCCUACUGCCUGAGGGUGUGCCUGGAUGAGGAGGGGAAGGACUGGGUCAGCACAUCCAGGCAGGAGGCCUCCUCCCUGGGGGAACGGAGCGCGGACCAGAGUGUACCCCUGGAGGGCGAGGUGGAGGUAUACGAAGCCUGGUUCGGAAGAGAGCGACGAGGAAAUUGA